AUGUAUACUGAAGACCCAGAAUAUAACAAAGAGACGAUUACCUCAGAUAAGUUAUUCAAAUUAGCUAGGCAAUUGAAAAAACCAAAAAUCUAUAACCCCAGAACUAAUCGUAUGAUUGUAAUCGAUGGACCAGCAUAUAAUGUUUUGAUACGUGAUGGUUAUAUGCAUUGGAAAGAGAAAAAAGUUUUAGUCCCUCCAAUUCAUAAAAAAUUAGUAUUGGGUAAAUGGUUUAUGUUCAUAUCUAAUCGUAUUUGGGAUAUUGUACACAAUCCAGAAAAAAGUUUACUUUCAUUAAUUGAUAGAAAAACAAGUUUAUUACAAGUAUUACUCGAAGUAUAUAAUGAUUAUGCUAUAUGUAAGUUAUUAAAAAUAGACUGGAAUAACAGAGAAACUCGGGAAUGGAGAAAUGAUAUACUUGCAAGAUUCCUCAAUCAUCCAAAUUUAAUUCCAUCAAAACAUAGACCAAAUGCAUUAUACGACGCGUUUAUAAAGAGCAAUGUUUUAGAGCUGGAUCAUAUACUUGCUUUAGCCCAAGCAUUGUAA